AUGACUGCAAAGUCGGCUAGGGAGGACUGGAAGAAAUACUGGGCUGAACUAGCUACCUCCAUGGAGCAGGCCUCGAACGUUGGUGAUAUUCGAAAACUCUACCAACUGAUUCGCAGAGUUAGUGCCGACACUCUGGAACCUUGGCUCCAUGAGGUGAUUGGACAAGUGUGGAGAGACGAAGCCGUUCCUGAUGGCUGGGGCUCAAACAUCCUUGUAGCUGUCAACAGGAAGGGAGAUAAAGCGAGAUGCGAGAACUACCACAGCAUAAGUCUUAUCGACUUCGCUGCUGUUCUUCUCAGGCGAUUCUAG